CGCUAAUUUCACAUACAUGUACAUGUACGUUGUAUAGCCUGCAGACAAAAUGGCGCAAGCUCUAUUUGAUGCGUUGUCCGGUAUGGACAACCAGGCUGCAGUUCUGGCUGUGCAGUCUCUAGGAUUACUCGAAGGACAGACUGGCACCAUCCAGGACCCAAACCCAACAGGUAUUGAAGAGGAUGAGUUCAAGUGUGGGCGAUGCAAGAAGAAUUUCUCCUCCCUGACAAAUUUCAUGAAUCACAAGCGUGAGCAAUGCAUGCCACCUAACCUCACCCUGAAUGUCAGCCGCUCGCAGGCCAGUAACAGUGCCUUCACCGCCACCCUCCAGCCUAACCGAGGCUUAUCUUUCGGCAACAUGGGUAACUCCACCCUGGCUCAGGUGUCCCCUAGCGUCCUGAACGAGGAGGUCCUGAUCUCGUCCUUUCCCAGCGUGGACCAGUUCUCCAACUCGGUUCUGCAGAGCACCCCUAUUCAGUCCCUGACAGGGUCCUACAUGUCGCCCCAAUCACAGAUCCUGACCACGGUCACCAGCGCUCAGCAAACCUACAGCCUGGCCAUGACCGGCACCACCAUCAACAACAACAACAACACUACCCUGGGGGGAAUCACUCUCCAACCCCAGACGCAGAUCAACGGCAGCAUGAUGCGACCCACCAGUGUCAACACCCAGUCCACCUUAUCGCUCUCCGAUGCUGGGUUGACCCAGGAGUUGUUGAACAACAGCACCACCCCCACUCUCCAAGUCACCCAAGGUCAGCAGACGACUACCAUCAACAUCAUGCAGCCCACUGCUACCCAACAAGUCACCACCCGCCGCCGUAGAUCAGCCGCAACCGGCACCGAGACGACCAAGAAGCAACAGCAGCGGAAGAAGUGCAACUACUGCGAUAAGACAUUCACCAAGAACUUUGACCUGCAGCAGCACGUCAGGAGCCACACUGGGGAGAAGCCCUUCCAGUGUAUUGUCUGUGGUAGAGCUUUCGCCCAGAAGUCUAAUGUCAAGAAACAUAUGCAGACGCACAAGGUUUGGCCUGGAGGGAGAGGAGCCACUCUUCCUAAGCAGCCAAUAACCAAGCUUCCCAAUGUGCAUCAGGCUACAGAUGAUGCAAACCAUGACAAGGAGAUGGAGCUUUCUGGACAAGAGGACGAUGAGUGCGGCAAUACUCGCAUCGCAAGGACUGAAGACGGGGAGGAGUUACUGAUUGACAGCUCCUACGUUUGCCAGUACUGCGGGAAGAAGUUCAAGACAUACUAUCAGCUGAAAACACACAUGACGAUACAUAAGAGCGAGCAGGUCUACAAGUGUGUGCUGAAAUCCUGUUGUACAACCUUCAAGGAUUUAGAUGCCUUCUUGGAACACACCAAAGCUCACGAGAGUGAGAUGUCAUAUCGCUGCCAUUUGUGCAGCAAACAUUUCCCCUCCCUCUACGAGCUAGGACUGCACCAGUAUUCACACAGUCUUUACCCCAACCAAGGGCCAAGAGCACACCAGAAGGAGUACCGCUGUCAGAAGUGCAUGAGUCGUUAUUCAACUCCUGAAGCACUGGAGCACCACUUAGCCACGACCAACCACCAUUACAGCUGCCCCCACUGCAAAAAGGUCUUCCCCUGCGAGCGCUACCUCCGCCGGCACCUCCCAACCCACAGUGCCCACGGCCAGUUCACUUGCCACAUCUGCCAGAAGUCCUUCAAGACAGACCACUACCUCAAGUCGCACAUGCUGAUCCACAGUGGCGACAAGCCCUUCAAGUGCGACACCUGUGGUAAGGCCUUCAACCGUCCGGACAAACUCAAGAGGCAUCACCUGACCCACGACCCCGUCAAGAAGCUCAAGUGCCCCUUCCGCUCGCUGACGGGCUGCGACAAGAUGUUCAACCGGCCAGACAAGCUCAAGGCGCACAUCAUCUCACACAGCGGCAUCAAGCCCUUCAAGUGCCCGCAGUGUUUCAAGUGCUUCAGCCGGCGGCCUAACCUGGCUGAGCACAUGCGCAUCCACACGGACGACUACCAGAUCCGAUGCAAGGUCUGCAACAAGGGAUUCGCUCGUGAGAAGUACAAGAAGGCCCACAACUGUCCGAGAUGGGCGCAGACAAGAGAAGCCAUGAAGUCAAACGCUGAGGCUGAUCAAUUUGGUACCCCAUCAAUCCUAUCUAACGAUGAACAAGACAAUGAAGCAUCCAAGGCAGACAGUACAAAUGCCAUGGCAGAGUCUGGGGAAGGCAUAACCUGUACGGAAUCAACUAGCGGCGAGAAAACGAACAGGGAUUCAGAGGAAGUCUUGUACCCAAUCAGCAUAACAAAAACAAGACAGGUCAGACUUAGGCAUUCUGGUUUCUCCAAGAAAGUCCACAUGCUGGAAGAUUCUGUACCCAGGGUAACGCAGACCAGUAGGAGAGGUCGGGGAGGAACAAAAGGCCGGCCACGACGAACCACCCCGAAGAAGAAACUCCCCAAUCGAUCCAUGGAGGAUAUCGAGAGAGAUCUGGAGGCGAUAAAGACAGGUCUUCUAGAGCAACAGCGCAAAGAAAUGGAAAUGGAGAGACAUAGAGACCAACAGGAGCAGCAGAAUGCGGGCGACGACAGCGGGAUACUGUCAGAAGGGUCUGGGAUGAUCACAAUCAUGGUCGGUGGAGAUCAGGAUGGGGUCGGCGUGUCCGCAUCAUCCACAAACGCCAUUAACUUAAAGCAGCUUCAACAGCAGCCCACCAUCAACUCAACCGCCAUAGCUCUCCUCAACAUGGGGCAGAUGUCAGCCUAAAAGAACAAGACCGUGGGCUAUGAUUGAGAUGCCCUUUUGGGUUGGCAUUUGUAGAUUUAAAACAGUUUUGAAUAAAUGUGAGCAAAACUUUCAGCUUUGAUAUUAAAUAUCAAUUGUAAAUUCCUAUCAAAAACAUGCAAGUUUGGAAAACCAUUAUCUUCCCAUAAAACUAUGAUUGUUGCACCGACUGAUGUUGGAUUCCCUUUAUGUAUUGUGGAUUUGUACAUUUAUGUACAACUUCUGCACAAUUUAAGUGUCAAAACGAAUUCUAGAAGGCAACCCUGAGGUGGAUUUGAGAAUUGUUUGAAAUGUUCAUUGUUUACAGAAUUUUCAAAUUUUAAAAAUCUAGUAAGUGUGAAAACUACAUGCAGUCUAGUAUCUUGUCUUUCCAUGCAGAAAUGGUUAAUUCUUUGGGUAUUUUGAGUAUCAGAGGAGAGUUUUGUCAUGUGAUUAAUAUCAUACAUCCCAGGGGUAGACUAACAUCAAACAUUUUUACUGACCAUUGCCUGUAAGCCCAUCAUUUGCCUACUUGUAGCAAUAUACACGCACUUGUCAAAAUAAAUUGUCACCCAAAGUCAUUUAAUAACAUUUAAGACA